UCAUAAAUUUAACAAAUUUUCAUAUAUAUAUAUAUAUAAAAUAGCAAGGACAGGCACCGAAAGAGAGAAAAGGAGGUGAGCCAGCUAAUGUGCAUUGGCGAUCUCAAAUUCUAAAAAUACCCUUUUGGAGCCGUAUCGAUUGACUUCUCCAUGUCUCUUUCCACUCAAAUCCCAGUCUUUCACCAGCUCACCAAUUUUCUCCUCUCUUUUUUUUUUAAAAAAAAAAAUAUUCUUACUAUUAUCACAUAUUUGAGGAAAAGCAAAAUUUCUUACAAAAAGCUCCCAAUCAACGGAAAUUUAGAGAGGAAAAACGCGUGCGUAGCCAAAGAACAAAAGAGAAAAAUGAAAGACAAGCUUAAUUAGAAAUUUUCUCUCCUAUUUCUUCGUUCCCUUAAUUAAACACAAAUUCCCAUUUUUUCCCGCUGAAGAAAUUAUGAGUGAUCACCUGGUUUUGGGUGUCGACCGUCUGAUGAAGCCGGAGGAGUCGGAUGCUGGUCCCUCAACGGAGGUUCCGGGGUCGUCGUGCUUGUUGGAGUCUAAGGAGAAGGGGGUUGUCAACGGAGAGGAGGAGGAGGAGCCGCUGAUUCAGUCGGCGGAGUGCCGCAUUUGCCAGGAUGAAGAUUCCAUUAAGAAUCUUGAGACUCCAUGUGCCUGCAGUGGCAGCCUCAAGUAUGCACAUAGAAAAUGCGUGCAGCAUUGGUGCAACGAGAAAGGCAAUAUAAAGUGCGAGAUAUGUCAUCAGCCUUAUGAACCAGGUUACACUGCUCUACCUCGCACCCAAACUGAAGAAACCUCUAUCGAUAUUGGUGGAGUCUGGACAAUCUCUGGCACCCCACUGGACUUGCGUGAUCCGCGCCUCUUAGCCAUUGCAGAGGCAGAACGGCAGUUUUUGGAAACCGAAUAUGAUGAAUGUGCUGCAUCAAAUGCCAGUGGAGCUGCUUUUUGCCGUUCAGCUGCACUAAUUUUAAUGGGACUUCUGCUAUUGCGCCAUGCAUUGAAUGUUCCCGAUCCCGACUCAGAUGAAGAUUUGUCUACUUUCUUCUCCCUUUUCUUUAUUCGUGCUGCUGUAUUUCUCUUGCCAUGCUACAUUAUGGCCUGGGCCAUGAGUAUAUUACAGCAACGAAGGCAAAGACAGGAAGUGGCAGCGGCUGCAACACAGGUUGCUUUUGUGCUACAAUCCGGGCAACAUAGGGGUAUGCAUUUUACCAUUGCAUCAGGAACUACAAUGAGUCCCCAGCAGAGCUUUGGAGCUCUACUGAUUUCUGUUUCAAUGAAUCGCUAUGGGUGACUCAGUCAUGUUCAUAUCUUGUGCCCAUCAUUGUGUCUUGUAUGUGAACUUCACACAUUCUCACCAUCUAGAUUUUCAAUUUCUGUUGAUUGGAUUGCAAGAAACUGGUCGCCAUAUGUUAUUGUUUAUUCAUUCUAUUAUUUAUUUUUAAUUUUCGUGUUUGACAUUUGUAUCCGAUAUAUCAGAUAUUGUACUAGUAUCAUCUAUCAAAUCUAUGAAAUUUUCUAUCA